UCUCUGAGCAGUGAAUCAGACUCAUUCGUCAUGAUUCAACCUAAAAGUGGUUUGGAAACUUCGCCCAAAACGUGGAUGAGCGCCGUCGCUAUAGUCAUGAUCGUUCUUCAAGUGGCAUCGACUGCUGGAUUACUGUUGUACCUCAACAUGUCUAUGGCUCAGGCCAGGAAUCAGGGCAUCUCUGACGAAGUGCGCUGUUUGGGGCUGCUGAACGCUUUAGAGAACGAAAAGGAGGUUCCCGAUGGUCUAGUCCACCACUUUGGUGAGCCGUGCAUCAGACUGGCUGAUAGCAUUAAGACGUAUAUCUCCAAGGUUACAGAAAAGAUACUCUCCCAGCACAUUUUUCCUGAAGUUCAGCCGCGCCAAAAACCUCAUGCUGGUGGGAACCAGCGGCCCUCUGCUCAUCUUACCCUCAGAGACAGUGGGCUACAAGGCCCAACAUCUUUAGCACCUCAGAGAGACCUCCACGUGUCUUGCCGUCACCCUGUACGGUCUUGGGGAAACCAAAGCUUUGGCUCACACCUUUACAACAUGACCGUGUCCAACGGGCAACUGCGGAUACCCCAGACAGGUCGCUAUUACCUGUAUACUCAGGUCUAUUUCCGCUACCUCACCUUGUCUAGUGGUGAGCAGCAGUCCACUCCGGUGGUGCAGUGUGUGUACAAGAAGACAGCAUACCCACAACCCAUCCAGCUGCUCAAGGGCGUAGGCACAAAGUGCUGGGCUCCUGACAGUCAGAACACUCUCCAUUCCAUCUACCAGGGGGGUAUGUUUGAGCUGAGAGCGGGUGAUGAGAUCUUCGUGUCCGUGUCCUCCCCUGAAGCUGUGCAUGCUGAGGACUCUUCGAGUUACUUCGGAGCCUUCCGGUUUGACCCAUGAGAGCGGUGGGUGGUUCACUUGUUUGGACAAAAGAGAUGGAAACCUUUCAUGUAAGGAAUGGGAGAAAAAGAAUGAGAGUGGGUGGGAAAGUGACUGCACCCUAUUAAGCUGCUAUGCUUCCUGUUUACACAAAACUCUACAUGAAGAGAGCUUACAUGAAUAAACGACCCAGUGAGGCCUCUAUUAAAACCAGAACUGCACUACUAGACUGGCUACAGAGGAUAAGUGACUAAUUUAGGCCAGGGGUCUCGCGCCAGUGCUCACAUUAAGUUGUUUUAUAAAAGCAGUUAAACUUUGUAACAUUUAUAAUUUUACAUCAUGACUUUUACAGU